AUGGUUGUACUCGAAUAUCGUGCUAACUUCACUUAUGUUCAAAAAUUUGAGCCAGAAAUAUUAGUUUGGAUUGCUGUAUCUGAAAAUGGUGUUUCAAAGCCGUCCUUUGCCAAGCAAAAGCAAGCUAUUAACCAAGAAACAUAUUUUAGGGAUUGUAUUGUUGCACGUUUGAUACUAUUUAUCCAGAGCGAUCAUAUCAAAGAAAACGUAUGGUUUUGGUCUGAUUUGGCUAUAAGUCAUUACAGUCACAAAGUGAUGGAAUAUCUGGAUGAAAAUGGAGUACAAAUGGUACAUAAAGAAUCGAAUCCUCAAAACUGUCCACAAUCACGUCUGAUUGAAACUUAG